AUGCCCAGCGAGACACAGCAUCAGCGAGUCAUAUCUACCAAUGACUCUUGCUCGAGCUACGGCGGUCAGAAGGAAUACGAUCGCCUAAGCUGCGCCCUUUCGAGCUCGAGAGCUGCUCCGACGUGCUCGUCAAUGAGGCGCUGCAUGUGUUUCGUCUGCACGGCUAGUCCACGCCGUAACUCGGACCUCUCUUUUGCUCUCGCACGGACCGAGAGAGGAGAAUAUUCCAGUCUGCCUCUUGCCGUUGCAAAUCCUAGGUCAAAUCAGUACUUGCUGGUCAAAGGCCGCAAAGGUCAACCUACUUUAAUCUCAACAUCGAGUGGCUCGAUAGCAUUUUGCCAGAAUAUUGCAACGCCAAGCACUAUAGCGCCGACCUUGGAUAGCUCAAUGAUAUGGGGCCACGAGACUGUGAGCGUAUUCCUUCGGCUUUGCGUUGUAGAUGAUGCACGAAGAGCUCACAGUAGGUCAGCAUUUGCACUUUUCGCACCGCGCGCCGAUCGUGCGUAA